AUGUCAACCGAUCAGGUGAAGCCUGCCAUAGCGCACAUCUCGAAGUUACUUGUUACGUCGUAUAUUAUCGACUGGAUUCUCAUCAUAGGCUUUGCUGGAAUCGGCGCCGGGCUCUCGAAAGUGACACCCGCCCAACGACCCUUUUCCCUCACCGAUCCAGCCAUUUCCCUGCCGUACAAGCUAAAGGACACCGUUUCGUCCGGUCUUCUCAUCGUAAUCGGUCUCGUGAUUCCAGCCGGCAUAAUCCUGGUUUUCAGCUGGUUGUUGGUCCCCAGCAAUCCGCGCGCAUUACGCAGGGCACCUUUUGCCCUUGUUUGGAGACGCAAAGUCUGGGAAUGGAACGCGGGAUGGAUGGGCCUUGGGCUUGCUCUGGCGGCUACAUACACGGCCACACAGGGACUGAAGGACUUGAUCGGAAAGCCGCGUCCUGAUUUGAUUGGUAGAUGCGAUCCGGAUCUUUCAAAGAUAUCGACGUAUGCGGUCGGUGGAUUGGGUGAACUCCUACAGGGAGCGCCGACUUUCGUGACCUACCAGAUUUGUAGGAAUCAGGGGAGCGAUCUCAAAAAUGAUGGCUUUGCGGCUUGGCCUAGUGGGCAUUCUUCUUUUUCGUUCGCGGGUAUGUUCUACUUGACCCUAUGGCUUUGCGCCAAAUUCUCGGUAGCGUUCCCAUAUAUCGGUCCCUUGGCCUUUGGCGCGCGGGCACCUGCAGCAGCAACUCAAGUCCAAAAGACUGAGACUGAGCACGCAACCACCACCACCAACAACCCCUUGGCGAUAUCGCCCCGCGACCAAGGUGCCGCACCACCAGUCUACUUGCAAAUUCUGGCUUUCGUCCCUGUCUGCGUCGCCUUUUUCGUCGCAUGCUCGCGCUACCAUGAUCAUCGCCACGCAGGUUUCGACAUCAUCUCCGGUUCCGUGCUCGGCAUCUUCUUUGCCUACGUCGGAUUCCACAUGUAUCACUUACCGCUGCGACGAAGUGAUGGAUGGGCCUGGGCGGCGAGGAGUCGUCGACAUGCGUUUUUCAGGGCGACCGGGUACGCGGAUUUGACUGUUACGGAGGGAUGGGCUGGUAGUGAGCCAAUGCCUGCGACUAUCCAGGAGGAAGUUAGGGAGGAAGAGCAGGUUUGA